UGUAUACGUGCUGGGCUGUGAUUGGCUCAUGUAUUUAAGUGACUCGUACAACAUGGAAUUCAUAAAACACGGAACGUAUCUACUGUGUUAUAGGGGGGUCUACUGUACUUGAAUAAUCUGCACACACCAUUUUGUAACAUACUGGUUUUAAAAAAAGAAAAAACUUGACCAAUAAUUUGUAGUAAAGUAUUUUAUAAUUAAUUAAAUGAAAGUAAGACUUCUUUACAUUGUUUAAUUCAAAUUGAAGAUGAGAAACUGCUAAUAGACUAAUAGCUUAAACUAAGAAUUAAUAUUAGAUGUAUAAAGAUUAUUUACUGUCAGUUUUAGUUGAAUAUUUAAAUUUACAAGAUUAGUCACAUAAAAAUGUUCAAUAAUAUUGCUUUGAGCUAUCAACUAUACAGUCAUUAUAUAAAGUGUGAUGUUGCCAACCCUGUGGGGGUAGUGGUUGCAGGACACAGAGAGACUGAAAUGAUGAAAUUUAUGCAUUUAUUUGUAUAAAAAUUCAUGCUUACAGAAAUGGCAAAAUGCCAUCCAGAUGAAUAUGUCUUUCCAAACUACAGAGAGUUCAUCUCAAUGGAUAAGUUGAUUCAGAUUCUGAAGCAGGAGAAGGUUUAUCUCCUUGGAUAAGUUAAUUCGGGAGGCUGGAAGAGUAGAGGGUAGUUUGCACCAGACCGAGUAGAAGUGUCUCGGGGAAGUUAAGUUCCUCACUUUUUCUUACUUGUCUAUAUAUUGGGUCAUUUUUGUAAUCCUCGUUUGACUUCAAGAGUUGUCCCACUUGUUCCCGAUCUCCCACUCACAUCAACCUCACCAUGUCCUUGGGAUUCUGGGCUUUUAUAACAUUUUAACCCAAAAUCUCGAGUUGUGGUUGGUCCAAACAAUGGUUCCUUGUACCUCCAUUGGUCCCUGGUCUGUUGCCAGGGAUGUAAAUCAGGCUGCAGAGUUGGUGACCCUUAUCUGGACCAUUCUCCUCUGGAGCCCUUCCCUGGAUGACGGUCUCUUAAAUUUUGAUCUAAUGUAUAUUUUCUGACUCGUAGAAGACACAGCUGCUCCAGCCACUGCCCUCUCCACAGGAGUGUCAGCAGUUCCUGCUUUGAACUCUGUGUAGGGUGCCGUUGAAAUUUACCCUGGCGGUUGCUCCCUCACUCCUUUCCAUGAUGUGUGAUUGAGGAUCUGUCAAUUAGGUUGUGAAUGCGACAACUAAAUCAUCUUAAACCCCAUUCCUUGACCACUCGUCCUAUUCAAGAGAUAAAUCACUGAAUUAAUGGCCCUGGUUUGACAGCCACAUUUCCACCGGUCAACCGAGGUUCCGGCCUCACAAAAGGACAUUCAAAUGAAAACUUUUCGACCAAAGAAGAAAUUUGAGCCAGGUACAUUACGUUACUCUUUGCAUAAACAAGCACAAGCAUCACUUAAUUCAGGAAUUAAUCUUCGUGAUGUUGUUAAACUUCCUCCAGGUGAAAAUUUAAAUGAUUGGCUAGCUGUACAUGUGGUUGACUUCUUCAAUCGUAUAAAUUUGAUUUAUGGCUGUGUAACUGAUCACUGUACAGAAAAAUCAUGUCCAACAAUGUCAGGAGGAUCUAAAUUUGAAUAUUUAUGGGCUGAUGGAAUUAAAUAUAAAAAACCUACACCAUUUCCAGCACCACAAUAUAUAAAUUUAUUAAUGGAUUGGACUGAGACACAAAUAAAUAAUGAAGAAAUAUUUCCCACGAAAGUUGGAAGCGCAUGUUAAUACAUGUUAUAAACAUUUUUAUUAUUUUGUGACUGAAUUCGAUCUAGUUGGCGAAAAAGAAUUUGAACCAUUAGAAGAAAUGACAAGGAAAAUAUGCAAGAUGCCAGUUGAUAAAAAUACAUGAAAGAAAAUUGUAUUUUCAUCUUGCCUGUUGUGCUUCACUGAUUAUCAUCAAUAAGUUUCUUCUCUGAUAUAGUUCAGUGUUACUGCACAAAGUAGCUUCUCAAGUAAGCUAUAAUUGUUAUUAGCUUAAGAAAAACUAUGAAACUACAGCUUUAAAAUAAAAGAGAGAGAUUAGAAUUUUUACUAUAAAAAUAAUUUUUGUAUAUAAAUAUUUAAAGUGAGAGUAAAAUUCCUAUUUACAAUUUUUGUUAGUAUUAAAACAAAUUGGCUGUUACAAUGUAUAUGAAAUGUAUAUUAUGAGUAGCAAAUGCAAUUUUGAGGAGUCAACAAAUAUUCCAUUCUAAAAAUAUUACAAGAGACGUUAUCUCACUUUGUUUGUAAUAUUAUGAAUGUAAUGAAGUUAGAAUUAUUCUGAAUUGUAUAAGAAAUUAUUGUUGUAUUUAACUUAUUUAUAUGAUCUUCUUUUAAAUAUCUAGUCCUGUUAAAUUUUCUUACUUUUAAUGUAUAUAUAGUAUAUAAUAUAUAUACAUAUACGUAUUUAUUGCUUGUUAUACUCAAAGUUUACCUAGUCAUAUUUACCUAUGUUUUGUUUGUUUUUUGGUGGUUUGAAUUCAUAUGAUGAACUCCUUAAUUUUAUUUGCAUCAUUUGUAGCAGUUUAGAAAAUUGUAUCAUGUUGAAAGAGAUUGUGAAAAUGUUUUCAAUUUAAGAAAAGUUUUCUAAUUCUAUUAAAUUGAAAAGAAGAUAAUAGCAACCUAAAAUUUGAUUACUAGGACUUAGGAUAGAGCUGAUUUUUAUAUAAAAAAAAAUUAAUAAAAUCCAGUCUCUUCCAAAUAUUGGUCUUAUUAGUUGAAUUUUUAAUUAUUCAGAAUAUAGUAGGGUCUUGUUUUAUGCAAGAACGAUGUAUACAGAUUUGAUUUUGCAGUUGACAAAUGACAAGUGCCACUAAAUUGGCUCAAAUCAGCAAAUUGUGUUUCUCUGGCUUUUUACAUUCCAAAUACAGAGAACUAUUGAAUGCUACUCACCGUGGUUUGCAUGCAUUUUUCUCAAGUGGUAUACUCAGUAUAGUAUAAUAAAAUUUUGCUGUAUAUAUUCAGAAACAUUGGACAGAAAUGUUACUCAUUACAGUAAAAAUGUAAGUAAAACAUUUUAAACAAAUUUAAUGGUUUUCUGUUGAUUGUAAAUGGUUGCAUAAGCAAGCAUCUGCACAAUCAUCCUGGACUACUGGAGUGAAGCACAAAUUUAUGCAGAAAUUCAUUUUUUAUAGUAUCUGCUGAAACAUAAAACAAGACCAUACUGUACCAUUCAUAAGUACUUUAAUAAAUUUUAUUAUUAUGUUAUAUUCUUAGAUUAUAAAAUUUUGUUUUCAAAUGCAUGUUCUUUGGUGCAGUAGUCAUGUUUUAGAUUUUUUUUUGUUGUGUACCUGAAAACAGUUGUUUUUAUUUUUAUAUAUAAUGAUUUUAUUGUUUUUUGUAACAUACUAAAACAUUUUAGAUUAUUAAGUCAUCUUAGCAAUAUUUAAUUUAAAACAUUUCUGCAAAAUCUAAUUUUAGACAAUAGACCUUAAUAUCAAAUAAUAUUAAGUUAAGUAUUUGUUAUUAAAGUCAUUUUUAAUAUUCUCAAAAGUAAUAAAAUAACAUUUCUUUCAGGAAAUAAAAAAAAAAUACAAAAUUAUGAGAACACAGUUUUGUUUUGCCAUACAGAAUACCAUUGAUAUACUAAACACAUAUGAGGUCAGUUAUAAAUUACGAAAAGACAAAGAACAUUUUAAUUUUUCAACAAAAUUUCUAUAAUAUUUAUUCAUCCUAACAUUCUGUUAGCAGAAAAUGUGCCACAUAACAGUUUUUUCAGUGCUAUUGAAGUCAUUACAAUAUAAGUUGUUGUUUGUCUUCAUUUCUUGUAAAAAAUCCAUCAUCCAAUUGUUUUAAAGGUCUGAAAAAGUGCUAUUUGCUCAGUGCCAGAUCCUCAGGCUAUAUGACCUUUUUUAGACUUUUAAAAAAAAUACUUGGAUAGCAAACGUUUUUGAAGCCAAAAGAGAUUCAGGAAAAUAUAUUACAAUCACUCCAACAGUAACCAACAAACUUUUAUGCUGCAUGUUUUUAGGUAGCUGUAAGCUGAUAGAACAGGGAGACAAUUAUCUAAAUGCCUAUAGAAAUUUUUUUGAAAAAUAAAUGUUUUGGGUUAGAAAUUUCCUUAGUUUUUAAAUGUAUAUAUGUAUAACGUAAUUAUUGAUUGAUGCAUAUCAAAACAAAAAAAUGUAUUAAACUUUUUGAAAACUGCAUACCUUUCGAAUAAAAUAAUUUAAUAUUUCAUUCAUCGUAAAGAAAUUUAGUUAAUUACAACGGCAGAUCUGAUCUUUAAUUAUUUCUGUUAUUUUAGCUAAAAUAGUUUAUUCAAUUGAUUAAUAAAACAUUUAGCUGAUGAGGUGAAUGUAUAACCAUAUAAAAGAAAAAAGAAAUUUCAGCAGUUAUAAGUUAAGCAUAUGGCUCUAAUGUGGCAUCAUAACCUUACUGUAUAUUAUUGCAGUCUUAAUUUGAAUUAACACUUAUAAAAAAUUUUUAAUGUUAAAUAUUAAUGAAUUUCAUGGUUUUAGUUUUUUCUAAGGCAAAAAUAUUAAUUUCUUCUUUUAUUAAAGGAACUUUUUAGUAUAAUUAGAUUCAUCCAAUGAAAACAGAAAUAUAUAAAAAAAAAGCUAUUUAUCUUAGGCUGAUAUUGGAUUUUAUUCUCGUUUUCAACAGUUAUCAUAGUUCAAUAAUGUAAAUAUUUUGAAAUAAUUUUUGUUAUAGGUUUUUUUCUUUCAUUUUGUCAUUAUUUCUAAAAGUGAUACAGUAUUUAGAUAUUUUUCUUUGAUUCUAAUAAAUAUGAUGAUGAUAGAUGUUAUAGUUUUCUAAAAAAGCAAAUUCCAAAAAAGCUUUCUUACCUUGUAAAAUCUGUUGUUAGGAUUAAAGAAAAUAUUGUCUUAACUUACACAUGGUCUAAAUAAAAAUACUUGAACAGUGUUGAAAAUGAAGAAACUAAUUUUAAAGAAAGCAACAAAUUUCAUUAAAACGAAGAUACUAAUUUAUAAAGUAAAAAAAAAAUUUAUAUUAAAAAGAAUAAUUUUAAUCAUAUUAAAUGGUUUGUAGUUUGGUAUAUCAAUGUGUAUUUUCAUUUAUUUUUAAUAAUAAAUAUAUUCAAUAUUUUUAAUAAUGUGUAAAGUUAAAAUAUUUUUUCAGAAUUUAAAUUGUUAAUUGUUUUCAUUUGUAAGAUUCUUAAAUUUUCAUUACUUAUUUAUUCCCUUGCAUUAUGUGUUGUGUUAUUUCCUUGUGUUGUAUUUUGUUCAUGAUGAUCAUAUUCCAUGUAAAAUUUUAAUUCCAUUUCUAGUGACUAUUUUCAUUAUUUAAAAUUCGGUUUUCAUGAUACUUAUGAUAUAUUACUUCAAUCUUUAUUAAAAGGGAAAUUGCUUUAGUAUUUCCUGCAAUGUAUAUAUAAUAUUUUUAUAGUUAUAAGUUUUGAUUAGAUUUCAUUUGCAACCAAUAUCUCAGGAAACCAAUAUUCUUAUUUGUACUUUUGUUUUCAUAACUUUUAAAUCUUGAUAAAAACUAAAAUUUAAUGUGAUUAGUAUGAGAGUAAUUCAAUAAGUAAGUCACAAACUGGUUUAAAGAGAAAAAUAGAUAGUAAUUUUUGGUAAUAUAUACAUUUGCUUUUUGAUGCUUGUAUAAAUGUUAAAAACUACUUGUUAAACACUUGUCCCAUUGUUUAACAAGUUUCUGAAAUCCUUCAGCAUAGAAAUCUUUAGACUGAUGUCUGUACCAGUGUUUGACCUCAUUCUCUAUGUUUUCAUUGCUUCAGAAAUGCUGUCCAUCAAGAUGAGGAAUCCAAACAGAUGAAAGUCAAUGGAUGCCAAGUUUGGAAUGUAAGCUGGGUGUCUGAUAAUUGUCCAUGCUAAUUUUUAAAUGAUAGCAAGGGUAUUGUGCUGGCAUUGCCUUGCAGAAGCAUUAUUUUUUCUGUCAGCAAUUUGGGCCAUUUCUUGCAAAUUGUAUCAUACAGAUCACAAGCACUGAAGAGUAGAUGAUACUGUAGAAAUUUUCACACUUCUUGUUAACUUCAUUAGGACUUCAUAGUCCCAAAACGUAGUCAAAAUGACUAUUUGUGGAAGGUGUGACCUUGAACUUUUGGCUACAGGUUAGCUUUUGUUCCGCAUCACUGGCUGAAAGUGGCCAAAACAUUGUGCCUCCUUCUGCAUUGUAAUGUGCCAAAGUUUUUAGGCAGACACCCAUGCAAUCCUGUUUCGUUUUUGGGAUAAGCUCUCUAGGAUCCCAUCUCACGCACACCUUUCAAUAGUGCAACUGAUCAUACACAAUUGUGUGCGCCAAUGCAACAAAAUAUUCAGUAUCUUCUGCAUGUACCCAAUUGUUACUCAUAUAUUUCACCAUAUCAUUUUUUAUUUCACUUUUGACUUUGUCUAGUUGAUAUGAAAACAGGAUUUUCCAGCUCUCCAUCAACCAAGAGUAACCUUUAUGGAAUUAGUCAAUAUAUAGUUUUGCAAUAUAAGCAGUCAUUUCCAUAAAUCGGAAGCAUUUUAACACAAAUGAAUGUCCUUUGCUGCGAGCCCUUUAACCCACAGAGAAUGAAUCUCAGCCUGUCAUUCAUCUAAUAUACUGUCCAAAAAUAUGCCCACCAUAUUUGCAAAAUGCUCAAAACAAGGAGAGAUUGUGGUUGCAUAACAUGUCUGUUUUGCAAUCACAUCAAAGCUAAUAACUGCCAGCAUCUAUUGGCAAGCAUUUUAUUGUUUUUAUACAUCAAGGACAAAUAUAAAAGAUUCACAUUGUUACUUACUUAUUGAAUCACCUUCUUAAUAUAAAAAUUAUCAAAGAAUGUUAAGCAAAAACUCAAGAAUAAUCUAUUGAAAUUUUUAAAAAUGUCAGUUUUUACAAGAUUAAGAAAAUCUGAGGUAAUAUAAAGAAAUCUAUUAAAUUGAUAAUUAAGAGUUCAUAUUGUGUAGAUUCAUAAUCUUCAUAUAAGAAGUAAUUAUUUAAAUAUGUGUAAAUUGAUAUACGACAGAAAUAUGAGAAAUAUUUAUAAACUAGUUUAAAGCUCACAAUAAAUAUAUUUAAAAUAAUUAUUGUUUAAAUUUGAUAAUAUAAUAAUGUUUUAAUAAAAAUUUUAGUUUGAUGAUGAUAAAUUAUCCUGUUUUAGAUUACUUCUAACAGAUUUAAAAUUAGGCAAUUACAGUAGAGCCUCGAAAACUCGGCCACACCCUGGCAGGGCAAAAAAAUCCUUAGUUAAUUAAUUUUCAUUAUAGACAGCUUUAUAAAAGU